AAAUUUCGUCAUCAGCGCGACUGUGAGCUCAUCGCGCGCGACGCUGGGUUUUAAAAAAGAAACAUUCCGGAGCAUUCCUGCAACAUUCUGUCACCACAACUUGUCAACACAAUAAAAACUCAUGGACUAAGUCAAAGUAACAAGUGGUAGUUGGGAUGCCCAAAGCUCUGAAAAAGUCGUGUGUCUCUCAGGCGUCCAUUAGCAAGUAUUUCGGGAGUCUGAGCAGCGGAACCGGCGGCGCGGCAAAAACGCAAAGGGAUUGUAAUCUCCAGAAAAGCAAGAAGCGGGCCUCCCAGUCCCUCCACCAUGAUGCUGAGCUACUUUCCAAACAAGCCAGGCUUUCCCUGGAGGAGGACGACGGAGCCCUGGGCACUGAAUCCGCUCAGAGAGAACAAAAGUUGCCAUUCAGCCGAGAUCCGGCAGGGUUAUGCCCUUCGACCUUGGAGAAGCUGAGAGGCUUCACCUGCACGACUGUGGCACCCAGUGGCGAGAGUCGUGAUAUUGUGACUGGUUUCAAGAAUGCCUGCAGUGAGAGUUGUGGAUUUUCUGCUGAUGCCAAAAGUCAACACAACAUCAUUGACAACCACAACGACCAGCUCACAGAAGACGCUGGAGAUGAGCAGGGUGCAAAGCAGAUGUUCCGCUUCUCUCAGUUUGCCAAGGCAGCUGGCAAAGAAGGACAGAAUACUGGAAGAAUGCCGAUCCCAAUAAGCAAUAGUCCCCUGUGCCGACGCUCAAAGAGCGUGUAUACUCCUCUGGAGCAGCAGGUCAUCCAGCUGAAAGAGCAGCACAAGGACACCUUGUUGGCUGUGGAGUGUGGGUACAAGUAUAGGUUCUUUGGAGAUGAUGCUGAGAUUGCAGCAAAGGUACUGAAUAUCUUCUGUCACCUGGACCAUCAUUUUAUGACGUGCAGCAUCCCCACACACCGAUUGUUUGUUCACAUCAGGCGGCUUGUGUCCCACGGUCACAAGGUGGGUGUCGUCAAGCAGACUGAGACUUCAGCCAUCAAAGCGUCAGGGGCCAAUAAGAACACUCUGUUUACACGGCGACUCACGGCUCUGUACACCAAAUCCACGUUGGUGGGGGAGGACAUCUACCCGGUGUGCAGUCCAGACGACGUGAACGAGGGCGGGAGCCACGAUGUCUUGUCGGAGCCUGCUGACAGCGUCCUGCUGUGUGUCAGUGAGAGCUGGGACAAGUUGAAGAAGCAGCUCACUGUGGGCCUGGUGGCAGUUCAGCCCGGCACAGGAGAGGUCCAGCUCGAUUGUUUCCCUGACAGUCAGUCUCGCUCCGAAUUGGAGAGCCGUAUCUUGAUGCUAAACCCUGUGGAAAUCCUGGUGCCCUCUGACCUCUCAGCGGAGACCCAGAAACUAUUGCAGAGCAUUACCAAUGCCAGUGCUCAGGCUGACGACAAGGUGCGAGUUGAGAAGAGAGACAGCGCCCACUUUGAGUUUGCCUCCGCAAUGAACACAGUCACUGAAUUUUACUGCCACAACCAAGUUGAAGGCUGUCACGCUCUAUCUCGUGUGGCAUCAUUGGAGAGUCCGGUGAUCUGCUGUCUGGGUCCUCUAAUCCAGUACCUUCAAGAAUUCAACUUGGAGAGAGUGCUUAGAAGUCAAAGCUCCUUCCAACAUUUAAGUGGUGAGUCCCAGGGAAUGAUCGUCAGUGCCGCCACCAUCAGGAACCUGGAAAUCCUUACCAAUCAGACAGAUGGUGGUGUGAGGGGCAGUCUUCUGUGGGUGCUGGACCACACACGCACUCCAUUUGGGAGGAGGCUAAUGAGGAAGUGGGUGAUUCGUCCGCUCACAGAAUCACGGUCCAUUUGGGAGCGUCAGAAUGCAGUGCAAGAGAUCCUCGAGUCUGAUUCGCUCACAUUAAACACCACAAGAUCCCUCUUGAAUCAUUUGCCAGAUCUGGAAAGAGGAAUGUGCAGCAUAUUCAACCAAAAGGCAUCCACGCAGGAGUUCUACAUCAUCAGCAGCAGCCUUUGUCGACUGGCGCUGGAACUGCAAGCCCUGCUGCCGGCUAUCAAAGCGCAGAUCCGCUCUGAGCUCAUUCGAGGACUCCUUGUGGACAUCCCGGAGCUGCUGGCCCCGGCCCACGGCUUCCUCGGUGUGCUUAACGAGAAGGCAGCCAGGUGCGGGAAUAAGACAGAGAUCUUCUGUGAUCUGUCCGGCUUCCCGGUGGUGCGGGAAAGAAGAGAGCAAAUCCAGGAAGUUCUACAAGAGAUUCAGGACCAUCGCAAACAUCUUCGAAUUGUCUUGAAAGCCCCCAGCCUCGACUAUACCACUGUGGCAGGACAGGAGUUUCUGAUCGAGGUGAAGAACUCGCAGUCGUCCAUUGUUCCUCGUGACUGGAAUAAAGUCAGCAGCACCAAAGCAGUCGGCAGGUAUCACUCUCCCUUUGUGGUGGAGCGUCUCAAGAAGCUGCUACAGCUCCGUGAGCAGCUGCUGCUGGACUGCCAGAGGGAGUGGACCGCUUUUAUGGAUCAGUUUGGGGAGCACUAUCACACCAUGAAAAGGGCUAUUCGUCACCUAGCAACCAUGGACUGUCUCUUCUCAUUGGCUGAGGUAGCCAAACAUGGGGACCAUUGCAGGCCAGAAGUGUCCGACAGUAAGCGUCAGAUUAUGAUCAAAAAUGGCAGACACCCUGCCAUAGACCUACUCAUGGGAGACCACAGCCAGUAUGUUCCCAAUCAUGUACAACUUCAGGCUGAUGGAAAAAGAGCAAUGAUCAUCACUGGCCCUAACAUGGGGGGGAAGAGCUCCUAUAUCCGCCAGGUGGCCCUGAUCUGUAUUAUGGCCCAAAUGGGCUCCUACGUACCAAGUUCUGAGGCCCAUUUGACCAUUUUGGAUGGCAUUUACACGAGAAUGGGAGCCUCGGACAACAUCUACAAAGGGCGCAGUACCUUCAUGGAAGAGUUAACCGAAGCUUCCGAGAUUAUUUCCCACGCGACCGAGCGUUCCCUGGUCAUCUUGGAUGAACUGGGCCGGGGCACCAGCACACAUGACGGCAUCGCCAUCGCCUACGCUACCCUUGAGUACUUCAUCAGAGAUGUGAGGUCUUUCACCCUCUUUGUCACCCAUUACCCUCCACUAUGUGAGCUAGAGCGGGUGUACCCCCGACACGUGUCCAACUACCACAUGUCCUUCAUCCUCAAUGAACCCGAUGUCGCUACCGAGACACGAGAUGAAGACCUCUGUCCUGAAUUCAUCACUUUCCUCUACCAGUUAAGCGAAGGAGCGGCUGGCCGCAGUUACGGCCUCAAUGUCGCCCGCUUGGCUGAUAUCUCGGGGUCAAUACUCCAAGCCGCGGCCCUCAAGGCCCGAGAGCUAGAGGACGCCGUCGACUCCCGAAGGAGGAAGAAGAAGUUGCUCUCGGAGCUUUGGAGCAUCUCGGACAAAUCCUCUUUCACUGAGUGGCUGAAGUCCAACUCCUGACAACAAUGGCAUGCAUUCUGCACACAAUCAGGAUACCAAAAAAAAAACACACACACACACACAAAAGUUUGCAGGUGUGUGUUUUUAUUGUAGCAAGUCGUAAGGACUGAUAUGGAUUUUUACGUCGCUGAAGAGGAUGGAGGUGCAAGCCAUGAUUGUGCUCUUGACGCCUAACUUGUACAGGUACAAGCUGUUACCCGAAGCCUAAAACGUACAUUGGAUUCUUGUCAUUGACAGAGCAAAUCUCAGAUCCCUAAGCGCUCUGAACCUCAAAUUGGUGUCAUGGCUUCGCCAUAAUGUUAAAUGCUUUGAAAAGGAACGAAUAAAAGGAGAAAAAUGGAAUGUGUGACCAGCUAGAGUGAACCAGAUCAAUUGUGUUCAAAGUAUAUGUAACAAGCUGCACACAACAGACCAGUCAUUGUGUGUCUAUUCCUUGAGGUGGAAUACACACUCGUGUUUUCACAUCUGAAGUGAUUUUGUAAAUGUAAGCAAUUUCUCAUAUGGUGUGCUCAACAGAUUCAACGUAAUCAAAAGACAAAAUGAGCUUGAUUGGGACAACGUUUUUCCAAUUAAAAUGGAUUGAACUUUUUCUGCA